AUGGAGAACUAUUCCUAUCAAUCAUACCCAGAUUCAGGAGAAUCUUCACCUCGUUCUAGAGAAAUCGACUUCGAAAACCCACCCACACCAAUCCCAUGGGACGAACAACAACAACAUCAACAACAAACUAGUAACUAUAAAGCCAAGUUCAUGUGUAGCUACGGUGGCAAGAUCCAACCACGAACACACGACAACCAACUCUCUUACGUCGGUGGCGAAACCAAAAUCCUAGCCGUUGAUCGCAACAUCAAAUUCUCUUCAAUCAUCUCUAAACUCUGCUCUCUCAUAGAAUCACCUGAUGUUUCGUUUAAGUACCAACUCCCUGGAGAGGAUCUCGAUGCUCUUAUUUCUGUCACCAACGACGAUGAUCUCGACCAUAUGAUGCAUGAAUACGAUCGUCUCUACCGUGCUUCCGCUAGACCCGCACGCAUGCGAUUAUUCCUCUUUGUUAACGACUCUGAUUCUGCUUCAAAUUCAAAUUCAAACCCACCCGACCCGAUUAAACCUUCCAACGUUGAUUAUCUGUUUGGAAUUGAAAAGCCUGUCGCCGUUGUUGUUCCGCCUCCGCCCGUCGUUAAGUUUAACAAUCCCGUGCCGGAACAGGUUGCUCCACCACCUGAGUAUCUUACGCGACCAGGUUUGAAUUUGAACCCAUCUGAUCGGGUUAUCGUUUCGGAUCCGGGUUUGAACCACCCGGUGGAUAUUCAGAGGCAGUUACAACGGAUGCAGAUAGCGGAGAACGAGCAAAAUGCAUAUCGGAGGAAAAGUGAAGAUGGUCUCAUCGGCAAUUAUCCUCCCGGAGAUUAUUACGUUCAGAAGACAACGCCUGAGAAAUUUCCGAUGUCGAACUUCGCACCACCACCGCAGCAGCCGCAUCACACUGGUUAUUGGCAGGAGAAGCCUGUUUCCGGCGAGGCUUAUCCACCAGUUGCUCCUGGAGGAGGUGACCAGCCUCAGCCUGUUUAUAUGGUACCAGCGCCGGGAAAUUACUAUCAGGCGCCGGUGAUGCGUCCACCAGUAAGUCAAGGAUACUACGCAGUGCAACGAAUGUCAUCUGAUGGUUACCGUGAAAUGCCGGUUUACGGCGGCGCUCCACCUCACAAAGCGCCGGCGACUUAUGCACCGGCGCAACCGGUUAAAGGUCCUGCGUAUGCGGAAGGAGUUAGUGUGGUUCGAUCAACUGGGAUACCGGAUAAUACGCCAGGUUCAGGUUCGUACGCACAGGUGGCGUAUGAUAGUGCCACUGGCAGACAAGUUUAUUAUAAUACGCCAGGUGGGGUAGUACACGCUCCUCCGUAUCAAGGAGUUGCGGCGCCCGUCACCACAGACGUUAAAGUGAUGAGCAAGAUCUCUCAAGGUUCAGUGUGA